AUGCAAAAUAAUUUGUUAGAUUAUAAAUUAGAUGAAUAAUCUAUAAGAAAAAUAAUAGACAAAGAAAUAAAUGUAAAAUCAAAUAGUUUAUUUGAUCCUAAUACUUAUUUUUCUUAGUUUUAAAAUUUAGCUUAGGAUAGUUUGUUGAAAUGUGAAAAAGCAUCACCACAUAAAGGUGAAGGAGAGUUGAUUGAAUGUAUAAAAUUAUAUUCAAUAGAGUUAAGGCAUAAGUUAUAAGUUAAGAUAAAGUAAUUGAAGCUAUUAGAGCUGCAAAUUUUGUAGAAAUUUAGAAAGUGAACUCACGAUUCAUUAGGUUACUUAAAGAAAUCUUAAAAUAAAUAGAAGAUCGAUUGGGAGAUUUAUUUAAGAAUGAAUAUUUAAAAUUAUGGUUGGAAUGGUAAAGUUUAAAGAUGGCAUUAUAAGAAAAAGAAGUAAAAUUGAAAAAUUCAGAAAUGUCAUUAUAAUUACAGGAAUAAGAAUUAAUUUAAAUAAGAACUAAAUUUACAGCAUAAACUACUUUUGUGACUUUGAAUAAGGAGCUUUAAACAAAUUGUUAAAAUUUAGAGAAGGAAAAUACUCAAUAGAAAGAGAAUUUAAAGAAUCUUAAUGAAUAUUGCAAUGAAUUAAAACAGAAAAAUAACGAACUUGAAUAAAUAUAAAAAAAGUUUGAGUAUUAAUAUGAGGAUGCAAAAGAAAAAUUAGUAUAAGCAUAAAAAAAAUUAGAAGACACUUAAAAAAAAUUAGAAGAGGCAAAAGAAAAAUAUCAAGAAGAGAUAAAUCAGCCGAAGUAUUUAGAAUAAAAUUUAUUGAGGGCAAAUAAAGAUCUUAUUGAAUAUAAUAAUCAAUUAGCAUUAUAAUUAGAUAAGUAAAGGAAUAUACAUGAAAUGCAAAAUUAGAGAAAGAACGAUUUGGCUGAUUAAGUUAGAUAUUGGAAAUCUACACAUUAAUAAAGAUUAAUGGAUUUGUAAUAGUCAGAAUAAAAAAUAGGUUCAUAAAAAGAUUAUCUCUUUAGAUACAGAAGAGAAGUAUAAGACUUAAAAAGGUUUAAAUUAUAUAGUGAAGAAGCUUAAUAGGAAUUAUUGAAUAAUAGAUAAACAGUUCAUUUAUUAAAUUAACAGACAGAACAAAUAAGAUUCAAUUAUGAAAAUGCUAUUCAAUAAAAUUUAAAUAUCCAAACUGAGAAGACAGAAAAUCUUAAUUAGAUAUUAUUACGAAAUGCUGCAUUAAUUAAAAAGGCUAAUAAUGAAACUAAUGUUUUUUAUGAGUAGCCAUAAAAAUAUAAAUUUGAUUUUCACAGUGUUAAAAAGAUAACUCAACCAUUUGUAGAUGAAUUAUCUUAAUUUGUUGUUAGUCAUACUAAAGUAUCAAGGUAAUCACAAACUAAAACUAGAAGUGUAAGUGAAAAUAAAAAUUCUUAAUCAGAAACAGAUACAUCAAAAAAUAAUAUAGGAAUAUAAGAAUUGGAAAUACCAACCCUAUUUACUGAGGAUAAAUUCAAUUAAUUCAAUUUUAAUUUUGUAUAAAAAUAUCCUUCAACUCAAUAUAAAAGAAUAAAAAGAUAAAAUACAGAAAAUUGA